AGUGAAACAAGUGCCAGGUGAAGAUAUGUUUAAUUGUAGGGGCGUAUUUAUUGUUAAUUAAAUAUUUAAUAUUUUAUUAUAUAAACUGACAAUACAGAUUGUAUUCGAAACAUUAACUUUAUGUAUCGUCCAGUUUUCGACGAGUUUUUUCUGGGAAUAUAAGUUAAAAGAAAAUACUGCAGUUAGUGUACUGUCAGAAAAAACCUGUCAUGCAAUAUUUUUUUUCUGUAUUUCAGUACAUUUGUUGACGUACGCCGACAAAGAGUUUCGUUUUUGCAAUCAUGGGGGAUGCAGUAGAAUCCCAGAAAGGACAACAUUUGUCUUUGCUUAGAGAGCAGUAUGUGAAGUUAUAUGCUGCAAACGCAGAACUUCAACAAAAAUAUGCUAUUGCAACAGCAGCUUCUAAGGAAUCUGGAUUUAUUGGGAGGUUAUUGGCUACCAUAGCGUCAUUGCAUGGACAACAACGGUAUAGUGAUAUUAUUAUUAAACUAUCCAAUCAAGAAAUACCGGCACAUAAAUUUAUACUUGCUGCUCGUAGUGAUAUUUGGAAUGACUCUGCCAUAUCCAACAUGACAAUGCUUGAUUGGAGUCAUCUGGAUUGUGUAGUUGGAUUUGCAUUACUCAAAUGGAUAUAUACAAGUACAGUCAAGCAGGAGAACCUGUCUCUCGAGUUAAUGAGGGCAGCUACUAGCUUCCAGUUAUUAGAUUUAGUUGAACAAUGUGAAAAGUAUCUUAUAGGUAUAACGAGCUUGCAAGAUUGCGUCCGUUUCUACACAGCAGCCGAAGAAUUGGGUACAACGAAUUUGCGAGAUCACUGUAGCUCUCUUAUAUCAACACAUUGGGAAGACUUAACUGGAGAGGAUUUUAAAGAAAUGCCAGGCACUCUUUUAUAUCAAUUACUAAAAACUAAAAGCGAAUACCCAUUACACUCUGCAGUUCGCCUUAUUCGAGAGGAUGUGGUCUUCUUAUAUUUGGUAGAGCACAAUGCUGAGCUAUCAAAAUCCGUGAAUGCAGUUGAUUCGAAAGGUGAAAGGGCACUGGAAGUUGCCCUGAAGGCACGACAACCCUCCUUAGCUCGCACCCUUAUUGAGCAUCAAGCGAACGUGUGUGCCAGGGAUGCACGUGGACUCACAUUACUCCAAUCAGCAAUUUUGAAAGGCGAUUCCUAUUCUGCAGAAUUCAUUAUAGAGCAGUUGGAGAAUAGUGGUAACGCGGAAAAACUCUCCCAUCCAAUUCAAUUUUUGGAUAACAACAAAGACAUUGAGGAUAUAAAAGAAUUUGAAGGAUGUACUGCACUGCAUCUAAUAGCCAAUCAUGAUACAGAGGAUAUGACUUCCGUUGCAUCCAGAUUAAUUCAGGCUGGCAUUGAUCCGAACAUACAGGAUCACAGAGGAUGGACAGCGCUACACAGUAGCAUUUCAGAAAAUAAUGAACGGCUUUUUGAUCUGCUGUUGAAUUCGCCCAACAUAUGUUUAGACAAGGCAACAAAUGACGGUCAUACACCAUUGUGCUUCGCUCUGAAUAUUGAUCCUUUCUUAAAGUCCUAUGCUGAGAAACUUUUGGCGAAAGGUGCCAUUGGCAAUCCUCUCUACACAACUACUGGCGAUACUCUCCUGCAUAUACUAGCCAGAGAAGCACGUGAAGAUGCAGCACUUUUUUUGAUCCAGCACUCAAAGAGCAAUCUUGCCAAAGCCAACUCCGAAGGAUACACUGUACUUCAUGAAGCUUGUAAAGCUGGUUUAGUUGAACUCACUAGAAUGUUACUGAAGCAUGGUGCACCCACGACCGUGGUGACAGUUUCCGGUGGAGAAGCCCCCAUUCAUUUAGCUGUAUCAAAUCAACACUUGGGUGUCGUACUGGCGUUAUUGGAUUCAGAUGACUCAGACGUACAAUUGAAUCUAAAGGAUUACAGUGGCGAGACUUCUCUCAGUCUUGCAAUUAAAGCGCCUUUAAAGAAGGGCCGUGAAAUAGUGGCAGCCCUGAUAAAGGCAGGCGCCAAUAUUAAUCAGUGCAAUGAGAAAGGUCUGACUUUGUUACACCAGGCAAUUUUAAAGGAGGAUUCGGCCACUGCUAUUUUCCUGCUGGAAAAUGGUGCUAAUAUGAAUGCGAAAACGGCUGACGGAGAAACGCCAUUACAACUGUGUGUGCACUGCAGACUUGGCGAAGUCGUAGAAGCUCUCUGUAGACGAGGGGUUGACACUUCAAUAGGUUGUCCACUCUGGGAUGCCCUAGACUCGGAUCAGGAAGAUACAGCUUCUAUUUUAGUUGCGCACGGUGCUGAUACUGAUUGCUGGGGUCCAGGUCCUGAUGGUUCUCAACAGACUCUUCUUCAUCGAGCCAUAGAUGAUAAUAAGGAGGACAUUGCUCAAUUCCUCAUUAGAAGUGGUUGUUCUCUCAACACACCACGGCGUCCUGGUCCGGAUGGCUCAGGUGGCGAGGAAGCCAGAGACAAUUGCACCCCACUACACCUGUGCUGUCAGUGGGGACUUGAGCAAGUCGUCCAAACGCUUGUGGAGCACGGAGCUAACGUAAAUGCACGCGAUUCCGAGGGAAAAACUCCAGUCCAUGUAGCCAUACAAAAUCAGCACGCUCAGAUAAUAUCUUUGCUACUGUGUCAUCCUAAUAUAGAUCUAUCAUUGAGAGACAAGAGAGGCAUGAGUCCAUUCGCAACUGCUUUAACUGUACGAAAUCACAAAGCUGCUCAAGCUAUCCUAGAAAGGUUACCUACAGCAGCAGAGCAAUUCGACAAUAAAGGAAGAAAUUUCUUGCACAUGGCCAUUCAAAAAGGUGACCUUGAAAGUGUACUCUUCCUGCUGUCCAUACAGGUCAACGUAAAUUCUAGAGUACAGGACGUAACUCAAACAACACCGCUACACCUUGCAGCAGUUUCAGGGAACGAGAUGCUUGUAAGGAGUUUGAUUUUAGCUGGUGCGCGCAUCAAUGAGACCGAUGCACACAGGAACACUGCGUUACAUGCAGCAGCCAAGGCUGGUCAAGCUUCUGUAGUAUCCGCAUUACUCCAGAAUAAUAUUAAUUUCGAUGCGGUGAAUGCUGACGGUGAUAACGCAUUACAUGUUACUGUAAGAGAAGGACAUGUUGCCGUAGUCAGAGCCUUGUUGACUGAGUGUACCCUAGAUGCUGAAACUGUAAAUCUCAAAGGUCGAAAUCCCUUGCAUGAACUAGCACGGUAUGGUAGAGAUAAUGCUGCAACGAUAUGUGAAUUGUUUUUGGAGUGUAUGCCUCAAUAUCCACUAAACAACCCUGAUUUGGAUGGCAACACCCCAUUGCUGAUAGCGUACAUGAAAGGCAAUGGUAAUCUAUGUCGAACACUUGUAAAAUCUGGUGCCUGCCUUGGAUACAUGAAUAAAGAUGGUAUAACGAUAUUCAACUAUCAGGUUGCAACCAAGCAGUUACUCUUUAGACUGUUGGACUCUUUAACACAAGAGGCUCCAUGGGCGGAAAAGGACCUUUGUCUAGAGUGUGGUACAAAAUUCACAUUGACAAUGCGUAAACAUCAUUGUCGUCAUUGCGGAAGAAUCUUGUGCAGUAAAUGUUCCAGUCAAGAUGUUCCGAUAUUAAAAUUUGGCCAAGAUAAACCAGUGCGCGUAUGCGCGGUGUGCUUUGACGUACUACAAGUUGGUACGGAAUAGCAGGAGACUCGAACAAAUCAAAGUUUAUAACUUAAAGCAUGUCAUUUCAAUAUGGAGAUUAUUUACUAUAUUAAAUCUAUGUAAGGUUAGAUUAAUAAGAAGAAUUGAAAUAAAGAAUAUUUCAUUGCACAAUGAAAAA